AAUUUUGGGCGGUUGAGAGGUUAACUGUUACUCGGCUGGGGAAUAUUAAUCAACGUUUCCCUUUGCCACUGGAGCUCACUUAAACAAAAUUAUGAAAGCCACACUUAAUACCACAAUACGGCCUGGCAAAUCGUAAAAUGUGAGAUAGAUUGUAAAGAGAGGUAGAGAGGAGGAGAGACACGGUAGAGGGAGGAAGAGGAUCAGCCGCCACAGGAAACGCCUUUCUCUACCACAACAAAAACGACGCCAUAGACCAUUACGCUUCCCUCGCAGAUAUGGACGCCUCUGCCUGUUUUUUCUCAAGUGACCACACACUGAGAGAGACAUAUAGCUGUUCUGAUGCUUCCUCAGUGUGGCAGAAUUGAAUUAUAAGGUCACACAUCAACACUGCAGAAGAGCUCAUUGAUGCUUUGUAACAACACAUAAAUAAAUCCCAGAAUGGAAGCAGCACCUCCUCAGUAUCCAGCCAGAACACAUACAGCGAGUCAGACAGUGCCGGAGCAACCCCAGCAGCAGACACAGCAUCUUGUGCCCCAAAUUGGAAUGUGGUUGCAGACAACUGAGAAACCAUAUGAGUGCGAUGAAUGCAGUAAACGAUUUGCUCAGGAGAGUCACCUUAAUAACCAUAUAGUGUGGCAUAGAAAGGUGAAAAGGUUUGAGUGUGAGAUGUGUAACAAGAGGUUUACUAUGGAAAGUCAUCUUGACAGUCAUAUGAUCGUCCACAGUGCUGACAAAAAUUUUAAGUGUGAAAUGUGUGACAAACGAUUCACCAUGGAAAGUCACCUUAAUGGCCAUAUGCUCGUUCACAGUCAAGUAAAGAAAUUUGAAUGUGAAUUGUGCAAUAAGAGAUUUACAAUGGAAACACAUCUCAGAAGUCACAUGCUUGUGCAUGUCAAGGAGAAAAGAUUUGAAUGUGAAAAAUGUGGGAAGCGGUUUCUACAGAAAAGUCACCUUAACAGCCACAUGAAUGCACAUAAUGUUGAAAAGAAUUUUGAAUGUGGAACCUGUGGUAAACGCUUUGCACUAGAAAUACAUCUCAACAGCCAUCAUCUUGUACACACCAUGGAAAAGAAAUUUGAGUGUCCUACAUGUAGCAAAAGAUUCACGAUGGAAAUUCACCUCAACAGCCAUAGGCUUGUGCAUAGUGUGGAGAAAAAGUUUGAAUGUCUUAUUUGUGGAAAGAGAUUCUCAAUGGAGAGCCAUCUGAACAGCCACAUGGUUGUGCAUAGUGAGAAAAGGUUUGAGUGUGAAGUGUGUGGCAAGAGGUAUACUCGCAAGAGUCACCUCAACAGCCAUAGGUUUGUGCACAGUGAAGAAAAAAGGUUUGAAUGUGAGGUCUGUAGAAAAAAGUUUUCUCAGAGAAGUCACUUGAGCAGCCAUAGAGUUGUACACACCGAGGAGAAAAGAUUUGAGUGUGAAGAAUGUGGUAAGCGGUUCAUCCAGGAGAUCCAUCUCAACAGUCAUAUGUAUGUUCAUAGUGCUGAAAAAAAAUUUGAACGUCAGGAAUGGGGGAAUCGAGUGCCUCAAGAAAAUCAUGUAAAUGGGCACAAGUUUGUGCACAAUGACAUGAAGAGAUUUGAAUGUGAAGAUUGUGGGAAAAGAUUUUCUCAGGAAAGCCACCUAAACAGCCACAGGUUUGUCCACACCCAGGAAAAAAGCUAUGGAUGUGCUGACUGUGGAAAGAGGUUUAGACAAGAAACCCACCUCAUUAGUCAUCAGUUUGUACACAGUGAGAAGAAAAGGUUUGAAUGUCCUGAGUGUGGAAAACGAUUUACACAAGAAAGUCAUCUGAACAGCCAUAGGUUUGUUCACAGUGAGAGGAAGGGAAUUGACUAUGCUGAGUAUGUGAAACAAAUGCCUGUGUCCCUGCCUCAGAAAACUCACCAUAAUGGUCAUGCUAGCCAUACUCUCAUGCCUAAUGAGAAGAAAGCAUUUGAUUAUCAGGAGACGGCAAAAAUGUUCCAACAACAACCAUAUCAACCACCACAUGCAUAUGCACAGUGGGAGCAGGUUCGGACUUUGUGGUCAUUGUAGCCACAUGCCACUAUGAUAAAACCUCCAGACUCCUAGUUUUUGUAGUCAAAUGAAUAGUGGAUAUUAUGUUCCUUAAAACAAAUGAAAAGUGGUUGAAGAAUAACUUAAUAUGCAGUUUAUUUAAGUUCUCAGGUGCCACACUAAUGGAAGAGAAAUCUUUCAAGUUUGGGAGAUGUAACACCAUAGACUUUCAAUGCACAGUUUUAUUCCCCCUGGCAUUAGUUCUCCUUUGUGUGCUCUUCCAUCCCCUUACAUAAAUUUAUGUGUUUGUCUUUUUUAUAUAUAUAUAGAAGAAAAUUUUUUCUUUGUUGUUAUUCGGAUAAAUUUUUGUGCACCAGAUAUACUGUGUGCGUACUGUACUAUGCAUUCUGUAAUGUUUGUGUGUGUGUGGAGUAUAAAACCUGACUGGACAGUACGGUUUGACCAAAUAAAUCCCAGUCCAAUUCCCUUGCCCAGAUAAAGUUCUUUUAUAUAUUUGAAAGGAAAGGUAGGAUUGAUUUGCAUUAAUUUAAUUUGCACUUCUGCAUCGUGUACAGUGCAUUAUCAAACAUCAAGGGCUGAGGGGGUGCCAUGGUGUCUACCUAAGAGAUAAAAUUCCUGGCCACGAUUAUGUUUACCUUUUCACCCCUUUGAAUUUUAGAAACAUGUUUAAGGCAUUUAAUAAUAGAUUACACAAUUAAUAUAUACUUCAUUGUUAUUUGUAUUGAUCAAAUUGGAAAUAUUUUUGUGCAUAGAUAUACAUACGUACAUGUUUUAAUGUGUAUGUAUACUUGUGUACAGGGUAUAUGUUUAUAUAUAUUACAUAUGUAUUUAUACUUCAAUCCGUUCAUUUGAUUACAGACAUGUCCUUAAAACCUGAAGAAUUAUAAUAUUGUGAGCACUAUAAAGUUAUAUCACUUAAUGGUACAGGUACUGUAGUAUGUUUUGCUCUGAUGGUCCUGGGAUGAGAGUUCAUUGACAAUUAGAAGAUUUGCACGUCAUUGGUAUAUCAUUUCUAUAUGAAAUAGAGAGACAAUAAAAGAUAUCCAAUAAUGAUGAUGACAGUCAUCUAUCUUAAUGUAUUUCUUUGUUGUGUCCUCCCUUUGUAUUUGACAAAUUCAUCGACACCAAGAAACUUGACAUUUGAACUAAUUACUAUACUCUCAUAAGCACCAUGUGAUAGCAGAGGUGUUGGUAUACUGUAGUGUAUAAUGAGUAAGGUUUACCAUACUCGAGAGGCUAUCUGAAGAUAACUCAGUAUAUGGGCUGCUCUUUUUGGCCAAAAUAUGGAUGACUAUCGACGGGUAGGAUGUGGACUGCUAUCCUUGGAUAGUAUAUUUAUUACUAUCCAUUGUAGUAUGUGGACUUCAUUUAAACCUUCACCACCUGAGGUAGUGAAGGAUAAAUUGAUUAAUUUAUAAGAUUAAGCAGUGAUCACAUAUUUUCUCUUAUUAGAAUUAUCCAGUGCCCAGGAUAAGUCAUUAUGGAAGAGAAGAAUGUACAGUACAGUUAAUUUAUUAGUAUCAUUAUUUGGAGUGAUCUAGAUAAAGUUGUGGAAAUAAGAAAGUCAGACUGGAGUUAGUUUUAACAGCAUUAGGUAAAGAUACUGUGAAUCACGUUAGAAGUAUUAAUUGUGUAAUGUGGGAUUGUACAAAGUGUCAUUGAUAAAGCUAUACUGUAAUUACCCAUUUUGACAUUUUCUAUUACACUUCUGUUCAAGAAGGAAAGUUGACUAAAUCUUAUAGAUAGGCACUCUUAGGUUUUUAAUUAUUAUUUAAUGGUUUUAAAAUGAUGGUGUGUUAAGAGCCUCAUUUUAUUCCUGUAGUUGUGCUUGUAGUUCAGCACAAAAUUUUACGGUGAACUUUUUCAAAGAAAUUGUGCUUUAGUAAUAUACUAAAUUGUAAUACAUACAGAUUAAGCUUAUUGCACUGUACAUGAAGUAAUAUAAGUUGAUACCCAAGUUCACCAUGUUCUUAGAGCAGCUAAGAGAAGGACUGAUAAGGAGGCUGUGCCACCAUAAUUGAAAUUAGCCAUAUUAUUGAAAGUUUACUUCAGUUGGUAAAUGUCCCAAACCUAACUUUUGCCACAUGUUAACAGUCACAGGUAAUGAGGUAUAAUAAUUACAUAUCUUUAAUUUUCAGUUGAACUGAAAAGUUAUGCUGAGAACUUUGAGACCUCCUAGUGUAACUCAUUAAGGCUCCAGUAUGUGGGGGAGAGUUAUGUUUGAUCCCAGACAAAACUAAUGAGAUUAAGUUUUUUAAUAGUAUGGCUGUGUGCUCAGUGAACCUUCUGCAGUGUGUGAACCUCGUAUAUUUGCCUUUAUUGUCUUGGCCUAGUUCUCGCCCACGUGGGUUUCUCGUAAUCUUGUAGUCUAUUUCUGUGUAUGUAACCAAGUUGAAGUUGCUGUUGAGGUCUUAUCAGGUGUUCCAUAAUUGAUAUAAAGUUGCUGUGUGGUUUUAAUUGAAGUUUGUGUAAAAGUUUACCGACGUAUUAUACGGAUUAUUGAAGUUUCUGCACAUCUGCUGAGAUCUCCUCUGCAAAAUAGUUUUUUUUUUUUCA